GUUCAACUGACCCGGUGCUGCUUCAAGUUAGCCUGUGUUUUUAUCUCGGUGGUUUCAACCGGAUUUACCGCCGUGAGAGCUGAUCAAUAACACCAUGAUUCCUGAUCAUAGCAGAUGGUGAUGUCUCCCAGCAGCAGUUCGGUGUCUCACGGCGUCCCCGUGGUCGCCCUGUGUCUGGCCGCUCUGCUGCUCUCUAACCUGCUGCUCUACCUUUACCUGGACGCUCUGUAUCACCCCGAUGACCACCGUCUGUUGUCGCAUGACGGCUGUCUGCCUGGGCACUUUAAGAUGGCCACCAUGAGGAACUGCACGCCGUGGCUGCAGUGUGCUCAGAUUAAAGCUGAGGUCCGUCCGCUGAAGCUCAUUGGACAGGGAGCCGUUAAAAAGGUCUACCUGUCAGAAUGGCGUGGCCAGAAGGUGGCGCUGUCCUCUCUCUCAUCACCUGGCUACCUCGAUGACUUCCUCCACGGCGUCUCGAUGCUCCAGGCUCUCCAGGACCCCCACGUGGUCCAGCUGGUAGGGUUCUGCCUGUCAGACCACACCCAGGUGACGGAGUACCACCCUCUGGGCUCCCUGCUGAGCCUGGAGGCGGUGCUUUCUCAGCCACACCUCCACAAACACAACACCUGGCAGGUGAGGCUGCGGCUGGCCCUGGACUACGUGUCCAUGUUGGCGUUCCUCCACAGCAGCCCGGCUGGCGUCAGGGUCAUGUGUGACUCCAACACGCUGGAGAAGACGCUGUCUCAGCUGUUACUGACGUCACAGCUCCACCUAGUGGUCAACGACCUGGACGCUCUGCCGCAGGUGGACCGCGCCGCCGGCGUGCUGGUCAAGUGUGGGCCCCGUGAGCUGACCGGGGACUUCGUGGCCCCUGAGCAACGGUGGCCCCACGUGGACGUGGCGUUUUCAGACGAGCUCAUGGCGCCGUACGACGAGAAGACGGACAUUUGGAAGAUUCCUGACGUCACCCGGUACCUGAUGGGUCGGGUCCCUGGAGGAGACCUGGUCCACUUUCACCUGUUUCAGAUCCAUGAACAGUGUAAGCAGGUGGACCCCAAGCUCCGCCCCUCAGCCCAGGAUGUCCUGCAGGUGUACCAAUCAGUGUACAGCAGCAUGGCGAGGGAUGGAGCAGGCGCCAGAGACAUGCUGUAGAAAUGUUCUGUUCAAUAAAUGGACCUUUAGAAAGUGA